AUGACGUCAUUACCUCACUUCUCUUCUCUAAACGGAACUCCUCUGCGCUGCUUCCUGCGCUCGGAGCUCAGCGAGGAGAACCUGGAGCUCUGGCUGGCGUGUGAAGAGUACAAGAGCGCAUCCGGGUCCCACAACAUCUACAACCUGUUCAUCAACCCUGAUGCUCCUCGGGAGGUGAAUCUGGACAGUGAGACCCGCGAGGCGUUGACGGGGCUGAUGGAGGAUCCCACAGCGGACACGUUUGGCGAGGCUCAGCAACGGAUCUUCUCCCUGAUGGCUAAAGACUCGUUCCCACGUUACCUGCGCUCCUCUUACAGCCAGCAGCCUCUCAAAGUCCUGUGAGACACGCUGUGCUGGCAAACCCUGCGUAUCUGAGGUCUAGACCAGAUCUGCAGU